CACAAGGCAAUGACUUGUAACCACCGUGAUCGCAAGAUCCAUUCCCCUGCCUCCACCACCACCAACCCUAUCAUAACUCCAAUGCCGAACAAACAAACUCCCCCACUUUCGUCGCCAUAAAUACAUCAUUAUAUACACCUCUUCCGCUUGAUUUUGACUGGAUACAGAGUGAAAAAUCAACCAAGAAGAACCAAACAUGACGGAGGAAGAGAAGAAGGAAGGAGUAGCCGCAGUCGCAGAAGUGUCGAACAAACAGGUAGUACUAAAAGCGUACAUCACCGACGGCAGAGCCCCGAGGAAAGACGACAUGGCGGUCACCGUCUCCACGCUGCCGGAGCUCAAAGCCCCAAAAGGGUCCGGCGGGUUCCUCGUCAAGAAUCUCUACCUCUCUUGCGACCCUUACAUGAGAGGCCGAAUGCGCCCUCCUUCCCCUGCUUCUUACAUCCCCUCUUUCCUUCCCUCCAGAUUGUGCCAGCCGAUUGAAGGGUUCGGGGUGUCGGAGGUGGUGGAUUCCGACAACCCCGAAUUUCAGGCCGGCGAUUUCAUCGCCGGGAUGACCGGCUGGGAAGAGUACACUCUGAUUCAGAAACCACAGCAACUGAGGAAGAUCAGUCGAAACCACGCCGUUCCAUUGUCUUACCAUUUGGGGCUCCUCGGGAUGCCCGGAUUCACGGCCUACUGUGGGCUUUACGAGCUCUGCUCGCCCAAGGCCGGCGAGUUCGUGUUCGUCUCCGCGGCUUCCGGUGCCGUCGGGCAGAUCGUCGGGCAGCUGGCUAAGUUGGAGGGUUGUCGUGUCGUCGGCAGUGCUGGUUCUGCAACUAAGGUUGAGAUGCUGACGAGUAAGAUGGGAUUUGAUGCGGCUUUCAACUACAAGGAAGAAGCCGAUCUUGAUGCCGCUUUGAAGAGGUACUUUCCUCAAGGGAUCGACAUCUACUUCGACAACGUCGGGGGAGAAAUGCUGGACGCCGCGCUGCUGAACAUGAGAGUGAAGGGCCGAAUCGCGGUGUGCGGCAUGGUGUCGCAGCACGCCGUCACCGAUUCCGGCCCGGGAAUUCGCAACAUCUCCAACGUCAUCGUCAAGCGCAUCAAGAUGCAAGGGUUCCUCCAGAGCGAUUUCCUGCACCUUUACCCGCGCUUUCUGGACCACGUCACCGCGCACUUCCUUGCCGGCGACAUUGUCUAUGUUGAGGACGUGGAUGACGGUCUCGAGAGCGCUCCGGCCGCCCUCGCCGGGUUGUUCACCGGCGAGAAUAUUGGCAAGAAAGUUGUUCGUGUUGUCCCCCCUGAAUCACGAAAUUCGAUGAAUUGAGAUGUAGUUAGUUAGAUUUUAAUAAAAGAAAAUGCUAUGCAACCUGACUUUUGCUUAGAUCAUUUUGUAUACUUUUUCCAUCCAAAACCGAGCUUAGUAGAGACUAGAGAGCCCUAAAGAAGCUUUACCAAAUCUGGGAUGCUGAGAUUUCUCUUUUAACUGCUUGAUUGCCCACUUGACUUCUACUGAGGUGGAUCAUUAGGAUUACCAAAAAUGUUUUAUUCCAUUUGCG